AGAGAAAGUAACAAUGUCUUGGGGCUCCUCUAUAUGAACGAUAAGGGGGCUGCGUGUAAAGUCUUAUACAUUUGUCAUCACUUAGGGAGUGGACAAGUCAAGUCAAAAUUGCUGCACCUUGGCCUGCACCUUCCUUGCACCCUCUUCUUCUCUCUCUAAUUCUUCAACCUCUUUAAGGCUUCGAUUUCCCUCGUUGGCCUUGUGAACACAACAUAGUGAACCUACAACAACAACAACAACAACUAACACAUAAUCAAACACACAUAGGUGUUGGUUGCUAUAAGCCCACAAAAGUUGAGACAGAUUUGGAACCAAAUCAUAGGAACCAACCAAAGAUGGGUUUUUCAUCAAAGGAAGAGAAAUCCAAAAGGAUAUUAAGGGGUGUGAAGACUGUGUUCUUCUUGAUCACCAUGGUUAUUUCGCUUCUUGUUUUAUCAGCACCGGUUCUCUUGAUUAUUGCUGAUGCACUUGUUCCUUCUGCUUUGCUCUCUACACUUUCACCUGCUUCUCUUUCCUUGGAAACUCUCUCUUCCCAUUUCCACAAUUACGAUUUUCGAUACUCUCUCAUUGAUAUACCCCUCGUCUCCAUUAUAAGAUCCUUCAUUAUAUUCUGUGUUUAUAGUUUGUGUGAUGGACCAAGACUUUCACGAGGACCCUAUUUGGGGAUCACGACUAUGUGCUCUGGUUUGUCUCUGAUAUUUGUUUCGUUCAAAGCUGUUUACAUCUUUAGCCAUCGAAGUGAGUAUGUUGGAGCCUCCGAAAUAGCUUUGUUCGUGUGUUCUUGUGCGUUGGCUGUGGGGCAUAUUGUUGUGGCCUACAGAACAAGUUGCAGAGAAAGACGAAAGCUUUUGGUCUACAAAAUUGACAUUGAAUCUAUUUCGGCUUGCAAAAAUGGGUAUCCCAGGUAUCCGAAGAUUCUUCAAGAAGAAAGAGUCAAAUGAACCCACUAUGGCACUAACAAAUUAUUGGAGAUAUCAACUAAUAACCUAUAGAUUUUCAGCUAACAACUUCAGCUAUUCAUAUUAAGUUCUUAUGUGCGUCAAGGGAUGCUACGGUUUAUCCUAAGGAUACCCAGUAACCUUGACACCUAACACUGAAUACAGUCUAGUUUGCACUUUACCGCUACCAUGAUACAUAAAGUUGUUGAAUGGUGUUUAGGCAUAUAUGUAAACAAUAGAGCUUCAUCUUUGGCCAUUAUGUAACAUUUUUUAUAUACAUAUAUAUUUUAAUGUUUCACAUUUUUUUAGUUUCAUUUCCCCCCUUGUUUCGUGUAUAUCUUCUUUUUGUAUAUAUAUAAGUGUGAAUGGAUUGUUUG